CGUCAAGCUUAGGUUGUCAAACUAUUUUGAUAGGUCGUGCCAGUUAAGAUGGCCUUUAGGUACAAGGAAGCCGUACAAAUGAUGAGCCAGUCCAGGAAACUGGUGAGCAAACUCGCCGACUGGAAGCCACAAGCCGUGCUGCAAGUGAGACUGGCCCACACCGACAUAGAGCCGCCGGACUUCGACAAGUACAGGAGGAAGAGCCUGAAGAGCCCCUGCGCAAGGACCAGGGACUCGGAGGCGGACAGGAAGACCUUCACGUACUUGCUCAGCGUGGCGACCCUCGCCAGCGCCUUGUACGCCACCAAGUCGGAGUGCCUGAGGUACAUCAAAUACAUGGCGGCCUCCGCCGAGGUUCUGGCCUUAGCUAAGAUCGAGAUCAAGCUGGACGAGAUCCCGGAAGGCAAGCACGCCACCUUCAAAUGGAGAGGCAAGCCUUUGUUCGUUAAGCAUCGCACUCCGGCCGACAUAGAACGGGAACGUGCUGUUCCUGUGGCUUCGCUGAGGGACCCGGAGACGGACGAGCAAAGGUGCAAGGACCCUAACUGGUUGGUGGUGAUUGGAGUGUGCACCCACUUGGGGUGCGUCCCCAUAAACGGCCUAGGGGACUUCGGUGGGUACUACUGUCCUUGCCACGGCUCUCACUUUGAUGGAGCUGGAAGAGCCAGGAAGGGGCCGGCACCAAAAAAUCUUGAAGUACCUCACUAUGAGUUUGUCGAUAGCCACACCCUGGUGGUUGGGUAAUGUACUACUGUUGCUGAAUAAAGUUUAUUAAUUUCGCAUAUA